GAGAGCUAGGUUGUUCGUUGAUCUUUCUAUAUAUACACACUUAACUCAUUCUUUCUAUCAUCAACCAACAACAAGCAAAUCCAAUAACUUGAAUCUUUUCAUACAUCUUCAGUUCAGAAGCUUCAAAAAGAUUUCAAACUUUUCAGACCAGAAGAAAUAGCAAUGGCUUUGGUGAGAAGUUUAUUGGGAGCAAAGAAGAUUCUAAGCCGUUCCACCGCAGCACCAAAAGGGUUUCUUGCGGUGUACGUAGGAGAGAGCCAGAAAAAGAGAUAUUUGGUGCCGGUCUCAUAUUUAAACCAGCCUUCAUUCCAAGCACUGCUCAGUAAAUCCGAGGAAGAGUUUGGAUUUGAUCAUCCGAUGGGUGGCUUAACGAUUCCUUGCCCUGAAGAUACCUUCAUCAAUGUGACUUCUCGGCUCCAAUGAUGAUGAUCCAACAUUUUUUGUUCUUCCUAGUUUAGAAAUAGACUUAUUCAUUGUAGAUAAUUGAGCAUGUUUGCUCUUUAAUUAUUCUUGAAAGAGUUGUUCUAUAAGUUUAGAGAGUGAAUGCCAUUUUUAUGCGAAAGACAAGAUUCAUGUCAAUACAUUUUGGAUCGAUCAAUCAA